AUGGUUUUGUUCAUGACUACAAAAAACUCAAUUUCAUACCCGGUAGUGAAUCUAGCCUCCGGAAUGCUCACUGCUGCUGAUACCGUCAAUAGGCUUUCCGAUAUACAACGUACGCUCUCCAACAUAGAAAACACGCUUACCAAUAUGAAAAAACCAAAAAAGAAAGCUAUACCUGUUCCACGUUCAGAAGAACCAUCUCUAGAUUUGCUGAUGCAUAACCUCACGGAUGUUACAAUUGGAACAACGCUAAAUAUCAAACUGUUUAUCGGUGGACCAAUUGACCUAUAUCUUCACUCCACAUCGAUGUAUGAAUCUCCUGUGAACAGUCCACUUGUAAUCCUUUUCCGGCCCCAACAAAAAACUAUCGUUUUCAAUUCCUUGGUUGCUGAUCAAUUCGACAUUGAGGAAAAAAGAAACAUUCCUAUGACAAUCCCCAAUAUUAUUCAACUAGAUAUCCAGCUGCAAGAGACGGAUAUUGAAGAGCAAGUAAAUUGUUAUGCGUGGAAAUUGUUUCGCCUCCUGAAGAAGGAUCGGACUACGAAAUUAACGAUUCAAUCGAAAACACCGAGUACCAGGAUAUGGUGGAAGGAAGUAAUGAAGUCGACUAUUCUAAUGGGAAUGAGUAUCCUGAAGAAGAUUAGGACAAGAAGAAGAUUAACAAAAACCUACGACCACUAUUCAAACUCACGCAUUCUUAAUUCAGUAUAUCUCCGAACUUUUAACAAUCUUAUUAAAUACUUAAUAAAAAUUCUUUUCACUUCUCAUAGGACUAUUCUUGUAUAA